AUGUCUAUCCAAAGUCUUAUAAAAGUACCAACUUCUUAUUCUCAUUUCAAGCAUCAACGCAUCAUCCAUGUUAAGGUUGCUCUCGCAUCCAAAUAUUUCACAACUCCACAACAAUUUCUCAAGUAUCUUGUUGAUUUUAGCUUUACCACAUCACCCAUUAUUCCAACAAUACUAAUCUCAAAUGAUAUUCAAUCCCGUCACCAUUACCAACGUCACCAUAAGCGUCAUUACCAACGUCACCAUAACCGUCACCAUGAUGACAAAAAUACAACAAAAUCUAUAUGUGAUGAUUUUCCUCCUGAUUUUCCCCCUCCAGAUACUAACACGACUUCAUUUAUCUGCGUCGAUUCUAAAGGGUGUUGUAAUUUCACGAGAGUGCAAUCUGCAGUUGAUGCAGUAGGAGUUCUUAGCUCCAACCGAACCAUAAUCUGGAUUAACAGUGGAAUCUACUUUGAGAAAGUCAUUGUUCCAAGAACCAAACCAAACAUCACAUUUCAGGGACAAGGGUAUACUUCAACUGCAAUUGUGUGGAAUGAUACAGCCAACUCUUCAAAUGGCACAUUCAACAGCGGCUCCGUUCAAGUUUUUGCUGCAAACUUUAUUGCUAAGAACAUUAGUUUCAUGAAUGUAGCUCCAAUUCCAAAACCUGGGGAUGUUGGAGCACAAGCCGUGGCAAUCAGAAUAGCAGGAGACCAAUCUGCAUUCUGGGGUUGUGGAUUCUUUGGUGCCCAGGACACUCUUCAUGAUGAUAGGGGUCGCCAUUACUUCAAGGAUUGCUAUAUCCAAGGUUCAAUCGACUUCAUCUUCGGCAAUGGAAGAUCAUUUUAUGAGGACUGCCAGUUGACUUCUAUAUCCAGCCCAGUACCAACAGGAGUGAAGACUAUAAAUGGAGCCAUUACAGCCCACGGCCGAGCUUCCAACGACGAAAACAGUGGCUUUGCAUUUGUCAACUGCACAGUAGGAGGGACAGGAAGAACAUGGCUAGGUCGAGCAUGGAGGCCAUUCUCGAGAGUUGUUUUUGCUUUCACGUCUAUGUCUGAUAUCAUUGCCCCCGAGGGGUGGAACGACUUCAACGACCCCAGUAGAGACCAGACUAUCUUUUAUGGAGAAUACAAGUGCUUAGGUGCCGGAUCUAAUAUGACAAUGCGGGUGGCAUAUGCCCAGAGACUCAAUGACACACAAGCUUCACCCUUUCUUAAUGUAUCAUUCAUUGAUGGUGAUCUGUGGUUGCAAACACAGACAUAG